CCCUUGAAAAACCAGAGACCUGUGUGGUGGUGAAUCUUGCAUCCUCCCUUCAUCUGUUAUCAAAGGUGUAAGUGUAACAUUAAUGUUUCUGAGUCCAUGUUGAAGAUGACGACGCCGUUCAAACGCUUACAUUUAGUUCGCACACUUUAUCGUUCAUCUCAAAUUGGAGAAUCUUCGUCGUAUCUACUCGUUAGCUGCAAGACUUAUUCCUCUGCUAUAUCAAACGGUUCUGAGGGUAAUUUCAGGAGUUUGUAUCCUCAUUUAUUAAAGGGCCAAGAUGGCUUUCCCUUUACUGGUGUAAAAUCUUUGACACUGCGAUCUUCAAUGGCGACUGAGUUGUCCAUUUUCAUGAACGAUAAGAGGAUGAUAACUACUCAGGCCAAAGCCCCAGCACAAGCGCGGCAAGUGGGUCAACAAAUAUCCCUAUCAAGUCCUGGAUUUAUCUAUGAACCUUAUGAACCUCGUGAAAAAAUCCCAUUUUGGAAGAGAUGGUUCACUAUAAGUGGUUGGAGAAGAACAAAAGUUGACAUAAUUCUUGAGCUCAAAAGUGCCUAUGCUAUUGCUAAAUUAAGAAAAAAGGGAUAUUCAAAAAAACAGUUCUACAAAGAGGCUGUCAAUAUGUACAAGGAGAUAAACACUCUAAUAGCUAAUGGUGACAGAAGAUCUUUACGGAAAUCAGUUACUGAGAAGAUGUUUUCUGCACUUAAGAAUGAAAUUAAACAAAGAGAAUCUGCAUGGAGCAAGGUAUAUUGGGAAAUGGUUGAGCCUGUUGUUAUGAUUCGAACUCUGCGGGCACGUCUGAUUGGAGUUGAUAGGAAAGACCUAGAUAAAACAUUUAUUCAGCUUACUCUCGAGAUUUUGGCUAAACAGAAAUUUGAAGCAUAUGACUCGAAAGGAUCCGUGGUAGCCGGAGAUAAAAGCAAGGAGGUUCUUGUCCGUGAUAUAUGGGUAUUUGAGAAGUCUAUGUUUCACCCUGGCGCAAGGUGGCGUCUAUGUGGACGGAUAACACCAAAAGCGUCAUACUUAUCUAGUUGAAUAAAAAGACUAAUAUUUAUGAUAGUUAGCUGUUCCCGUGUUGCAUCUUGUAACUGUUGAGCUGAAUUCUUAUAUUUGUUUGUCUCUGGAGCCUUGUCCUUUGAAUAUAAAAGUAUAGGUGUAAACCUGUGCAAAUUUUGUUAUUCGAAUGAAAUUCAUUUGGAAAUUA